AAAAUAUCGGCGUAGCAAACACCGUGAAACACAUUCACCCGUUGAGGUACAAAACUCUGUCAUUGUUUUCCUUCUCUUCUCUCCACCUCGCGCCACAACCUCAAGCUAGCAAUCAACGGUCCGAAGCCUAGCGAGGUACCGAGUUUUCGUGUCGCCGCUAUACGAAGUUAUCCUGCUCUUCACCUUUCCUCGACCAAUACCAGCUUCUAAUGUUUCCGGUCGCGCUUCGACACGUUGAGCGCGCCCUCCGUCGCCCUCCGGCUUCAAGGGCUACGGAGCAGAUGCAGGCGUCGUCACUGGCGAGUAACGGCUACUCGAGCCCCAAGAGAGAGGAGCGCAAUUCGGCGGGCGCCAGUUUCGCAAACCUCCCGCAGGAGCUACUCCUCAAUAUCUUCACGCGUCUCGACAAGCCAACUCUUAUCAGCGCUUCAGUCACUUGCAAGACGUUCAAUGGCCCUGCCACUGAGCUCAUCUUCGCCGAAAUGACGGCCUCUGUGCUUCUCGACGAGCGCUUCGCAAGCAGAUUCAAGAAUAUCCAAGGCCGCAAGGAUCUGGCACGCUACGUGAAGCUGAUGCGGCUGGCUCCAGUCCUGGAGAGUGACUUCGAUGUACGUUUCUGCCCACUUCCCUUUUCUGUAGUUGUUGUUGCUGACUUCCUGAUAGACGUUCACUCAUAACUACCAUUAUGCCAUAGGUCGCCUUGGACAUGCCUGCGAUCUUGCGGCGCGUUUUCCGCGCCUCGAGACUCUCAUCCUCGACGUCGGCGGCCUCGGUCCAGUCCCAGCAGCUCUUGCUCUGAGCGAUCGGGCGGCGGAUUCUCUGCCAUUCCGCA